AUGAUGAGUGAAAAGAGAACAAUGGAAAAGAAAAACAAGAAUUUGAAAGAGAACACAAUGUCUUAUAAGGAAUUUGACUGGAUGGAAAUAACGGCUUGGAAACUAAAAUUUCGAGGACUUUUUUGGACUUUUUACAUUUAGGGCAUGAAUUUUUCGUCAUUUCAGACCAUGGGGCCUAAAAAUGAGCCUAACUAGCUUUAAAAAGGGGCAAUACGGAGACAAUACGUCCUAGCCGGCAUGAUCACAUGCUGUUUACGGAAAAUUCCCUAAUCCAUGUCAGGAAAUUGUGUACUUUAAAGCCUCCCCCAGGGCAUGACUCAGCAACUGAGGACAUUUCUGCUACGUUUUCAAUGGUGGUUAGCAUGCAAGGAUUUUUCCCAUGCCUAUCGUCAAUGAUUUGCUCAGUGGUAAUAGAUGGGGUGGCCCCAGAGUGGUUUUGCAUUGAAAUUGGCAUGCAACAGAAUUUCGCAUGCUCUGUAAACAUAAUUUGAGGUUCCGUGACUCACCAACGCCGCGAGAAGCCUAGGUUCUAGUAAUAAGUAAUUCAUGCCCAACUUGCGAAUAUCUCCGGCAUGCCGAGCAUGCCAAAUUUUAUGGCACGCCCGGCAUGUCAAAUUCUCUGACAUGCCCGGCCUGCCAAAUUCUCUGGCAUGCCGGGCAUGCCAAAUUCUCUGGCUUGCCGGGCGUGCCAUAAACUAGGUCAUGCCGGGCAUGCCAAAAUCGGUCUCUGGCAUGCUCUCAACGCACAGGUUAUAAUUCCUUGAAUCUACGGAUAAUUUAAGCCUGGCUAAAAAAAAAACUAAACAGAUCACCGUGCUUAUCUUUUGAUCUACGGUUUAUAGGUCAUUUACACGAUGACGUCAUUGCUAUUCCUCUCAUUUUUAUAGAUUUGGCGAAGUUUAAAUGACAAAAGCUCUAAUUUUCACAAGAAAGUAAAACCCUGAGGAAUUCUGCCGUAGUAAUAAAACAGUGUCAUUGUGUAGAUGACAUGUUGGGGGAUUGUCAAAACGGCCUCACCCCUUUUAAUGAGUCUUUAAUAGGAUUCCCAUUUCACAUUGCGAAUAAAAUGGAAUUGACUGAAAUCAGUAAAAAUAGAGACAGAGACUAUUUUCAGUGUAUAAUAAAAUGCAUCUAUGUUCCAUGAAAGCUUUUAAAAACACAAGGUUAUAGAAUAUCUUUCAACGUUCAUUACAUUACAAACUGAGCUAAGCUCCAAAAUCACUGUCCAUUAUUCAGUAAAUUGUUUCGUAUUUUGAUAAGGAGUCUGAGUUCCUCUGUCUUGUUUUGUAGGCUUGCCAGGGAUUAUUGUUUAUGUGUCAUUACCAGAGUCUGUGUUCUUUGUUUUUAACUCAAAGAAAGUCAGUAAUAACUGACAGUAUCAAAUAAUUGCUCUCUAGAAAAGUAAUUAUCUCCUCGUCAUGUCUGGAAGUUACCUGUAACAAAAAAUAAAUGGAAUGUUAACACAUGCAAGGGCAAUAUGAAAAAAUGAAAUAGAACGUGUAGAGCUCAGCUUCUCUUAGCAUAUUUUAGUCUGUUAAAGGUCGCAACUAAUUGUCUGAGGCUAAUUUCACAAGCGUGUGCAAUUGAGAUAAAUGCAUGGUAAAUAAAGUGAAAGAAACGUGGUUUCACAUUAGCCAAUUUACAUUGCGUUGUUCGAUAAUGUUUACACGCUUUUCUACUGCGAAAUAAAUCUUUGCAUUUGGGUUUGCAUUGCAAGUCAAGAUUAUCCGAAGUUUGACUGACACUCGAACAACAGGUUCAUUUUUAAGCAGGUAAGGUGAAGACCUAUAUAAAGCAGGAAUAUGUAAAGGAAAGGCAUCGAAAACUCUUUUGCAUCUUUGUGGCGAUAUUCUCUCAUGGCCCGUCAACUGAUUACUAGGGGUUGUAAAGAAAAAAUACAUUAGGACCAAAGGUUAAAGCCUGUCCUGUUACAUCAUUUCACAUGUUACCUAGAGUUCUAAUAAAUAGGUCAUAAAAUAGGAUUUAACGAGAGCGAAUUUGUUUCUCAAUCGGUGUAUAAAAAAAGUGAAGCUAUCAAAUGAGAAGUUUAUAAAGUAUCAAAAUUAUUAAAUUAAAAGCUCAAAUAAUUAGGAAAAUUCCUAUACGAAAACAAUACUAGUGACAUUAAAUUGAUCAGAUAAAAUUCUCAGAAAAAUACGUCGAAUAAAAGCCUCAUUGUUUGCUUUUGUUUUUGCGUAAAAGGUAGCCAAGUUGAAAAAGCGCCUAAAUCUUAGUUUUUUACGUUGAACGUGUUUAUUAGCUUAGUUUUCGUUAGUUUAAAAGCUUUAUAACCCAGUCAUAAUUUUCGGGUUAAAAUAGUACAAAAUCAUUUCAAAAACCAUGUUCAUUUAAAGAAGAGCCGGCAAACGUGAACAUUUUGUAAUUCAGAAAUCGGACCCAGCCAGGUUAUUUAAGCUUAGAAUUUUUUGCAUUUUUGGGUUCUAUAAAUUUACCAGAAUCGCCUCUCAAAGGCUUACUGUAGUAAAGCAUUUGGUAGUACACUUGUAGACAAGCAAUGUAAGGCAUAAGUGGUUGCUUGGAUGAGACAUCCAAAAGAAAAAUUAGUUUUGUGGACCUAAACGCACAUUCACAGACUGCUUAUUGAGUUGUUUACAACUUUGCAUUGACACCUGCAGCAUGUUCAUUUUUUUAAAGCAAAAUCCAAAUCUGAUUUUGGCAUCUGAUUUACGGAUAUUUUAUUUUGUCUCUAAAAGUGAUUGUGAUAUCCGUUUGAUUGUCUUUCAAACAACAGUCAAACUAUGCAGCAAAAAUAAGUAACGUUCCCAGUACUGAAAAAAUAUGACCGUAGGUGCCAAAAUUAAUUAUGCCCGAGCUAUAAAAUUAUAUCUGACUUUUUUUAGCUUUGGUUUCUAUAUUUUUGAAGUUUUCUCUAGUCUUCUUAACAGCAGAAGAAGAUUACAAGACGUACAAACAGAAACAAUCCGAAGUGGACGAGUUGACAACCACUUAUGCCUGAGGGUUCUUAGGCAUGCUCAACAGCAAGAUAAACUUAUUGCCAAAAGGAUAAUUCACGGGAUUUGUUCGAUAUUCAGGCUUUUUCUUUACCAAAUUAAUACUAAAUUUGUACUUACAGUCUCUCGCAGAAUCCAUUUCUUGUCCAGCAUUCACCAACAUCUCAACCAUGCACCGCAGAAAAAAAAAAGACAAACAAGUGCGAAGAGACAUGACAAAAUCAUGACGCCACAACUGCCACGCUACAACAAACUAAAUUCAUCGUAAUCCGAAAACACUUCUGCGGAAAUUCGGCCGAUUUCGUGCGAGCUCGGGGUAUCUUCGGAUGGAGCAGAUGACGUUGCUGAAAGGACUAUCGUCAGCAAGGAGUAAAACAGUUUGCGAAAUUCGCAUAGCCGACAAGAAGCGCACUGAAAACCUAAGCAAAAUCUCUCUGAGAAGGCAGUCCAAAUUCACCAAAUCAGAACGUCUGUGCAGUAUUAACGUCGUACUCUCGUACUGACUUGAACGACCUGGUAAGCUUAAUUUUCACCAGUCUUUUAAUGCUGUUGACCGAGAAACAUUUCGACGCGAUAGAACUUAAGCAUGGAUAUAAAGUUUAUACUGACGGUGAAGAUUUGUUAUCUUAUUGUUUAAAACGCUUUUCCGCGAUCAAAUUUAAAUCUGGACCCAGAAAUGUCAGUAUCGCUUUGAAAUAAAAGGAUUAAUUGAUCUGUGAUUGCAAGUGAAGUAUUCUAUUUUAUGCAUGAAUCUAAUGUUGUCUUGCUGUGCUUUUUAUUUUUGCCAGUCGAUCCCGUGACAUACAUUGUGACAAACAUAACUUUUUUUGUUAUAAUCUCCAUUUAUUGCCAGGCAUAUAUGAAACCUGUAACUUCAAGCUCCCUAAGAUAUAUUUGGCGAUUAUGUGAUUCUCAGGAUAUGAUGCUGAAGCGAACAUCAAAAUCAGUCACGCUGGGCAUGCCAAUUUCAUGCCCGGCAUGCCGGGCAUGCCAAAUCCAACUGGCUUCACGAUCGGCAUGCCCGGCAUGCCAAACCAGAGGAGCAAAAACUGGUAAUGAAUUAUCAACCCGGCGAGAGAUCUGGGACCUAAGUUUAGCUAGGUCAAUUUUGGGCUGCAAGGGCAUGAACCUAUUUUUUCCAUGCCUAUGAGAUGUUAUUUCUAAGUACCAAUGUUCCCUUGAAUUUUGUCAUGCCUAAAUAUAUAAAAUUUUCCCUCUCUCAUUAAUCCUCAGACUGAAUGCAAUUUUUACGCUCGCUCGGCAUGUUCAACUGAAAAUCAUGCCCAUACCCUCAUUCAAAACAAAAUGUUAUCAAAUUUUAGUUUCCAAGCCGUUAAAUGCUGUAAUAGUGGAACACUAGCAAAACAGCGUGUAUGUGUUGUAGACAAAUGUAUCCAUAAACAUAAUUUGCUUGCAGUGAAAGGUAAUAACAAGCCUCAGAAAGUCAAUGCUAUUAUGGAUCACUUACGGUCAUUUGCCGAGAGCACACAAACAAACAAACAAAGCUCCCUCAGUGUGGAAGAGGUGGAUGAUCAUGAUGAAUGUGAAGAAGAUGAAGGGGAUGAGGCAUUACCCACUUGUCCUAGUGAUGAAGACUUUGUAUUGGGAGAAAUAGGAGGGUCGAGUAAUCAGCCGUCAGAAUCAGAGUCGGACUCUUAA